AUGAGCAAAAUCUGUAUUUUAUUUAUUUGUCUGUUCGGCAUUUUGGCUCAACAUCGAGUGGCGGCUGCUAAACUCAAGUCAACAGGAAUCGUUCACAAAGAAAAACUAGACGACUACGAUGUUAAGAAAAAAGUUAUAUCAACACCGGAUGCUCCUAAACCAAUUGGACCGUACAAUCAAGCAGUUCAAAUCAACUACAUUCUCUUUCUGAGCGGUCAAAUUGGUAUUAAUCCUGCUACAGGUCAAUUAGUGUCGGAUGACGUUCGAAAUCAAACACAACAAGUUUUUCGUAAUAUUCAAGCUGUUUUAAAUGCUGCUGGAGCGGAUUUAAGACAAGUUGCACGAUGUCUUGUACUAUUAACUGAUAUGAAUGAUUUUCAAGCAGUUAAUGCUAUCUAUGCCUCGUAUUUUUCUUCUAUGGAGGAUUAUCCUGCAAGAACGACGUUCGCUGUGAAAACGCUGCCAGCCAAUGCAAAAGUUGAAAUCGAAUGUACGGCGUAUACGAAGAAAGAAUAG